AUGGAAUUCUCUGAAAGUUCACGUAUUCCUUAUCGUCUUUUGAAUCAACAUGGUGUUAAAGAACAAAUAAAAUUAUACACAAUAUGCCCCACGAUGGAUUUGAUUGCUGCUUGUUCUGUGUCCGGUGAGGUUUGGGUCGCGCGGUGGUUUGUUGCAUUAGAAAAGAUAUGGACCUUGCCAACUCAACGUUACAAUGCCGAAAAAGUUGAAGCUUUAGCAUGGCGACCUGAUGGUAAAGUUCUCGCCAUUGGAUACUCGAGUGGAGUAGUUCGUCUUUUCAAUGUCGACACCAAUGAAAUGAUACAUGAAUUAUCACAAAGAUCUGCACCAUCCCCUUCGUCUCCGUUAUCGCAGUCAACAAGUAAUAACGCUGACAGCGUAGCAGGAAUAAAUUUUCUUACUUGGUUAGAUGAUAAAGAAAAUAAUGAUCAAGAAGCAUUACCCAUUUCCCAGUACCAGGACCCUAACUAUUUGAGUACUUAUCCUGGAGAGAAAUACAUGCCACGUUUAAGCACCAUCCCAGGCUCAAAAAUUAGUAAAAUAUUAGGAUAUCCAAGUGAAAUUGAUGAUGGCGAAGAUACUGAAGAUGAAAUGAAUAAAUCGAUUGAUUUGCUUGUUGCUGGUGAUACAGAUGGUAAUUUGCAUCUAAGUGUUUACGGAAUCUAUAAUCUCGAAUCAAUUUCUUUGACUGAAUUUACCAAAUCGCGGAACGCGAAAAUUCUUAGUGCUUCUGUAUCUUCUGAUCUAUCACUCCUGGCUCUUUUGAUCCUUUCCGAAGACGAAGAAAGCGAUUCAUCAUCCACUAUGGCUGAAAAGAAACAAAAACGUUAUAUUGAAUUGACUUUUGGCACCGGAUUGCUUCAUACUCAUAAACCUGAGAUUCGCAUUCUCUCUCAAAGAUAUACAAUUAUCAAAUUCCUAAUAAAUUAUAUCGUUGAAGGUAUCAAGAAAAUGGAAUCGCAAUAUGAUCAUAUGAAAGAAUCUGCAAAAGCUUACACCGAACCUUUUCAAGAAGUGCUGGAAAAUCAUGAAGUAAAUACGACAUUGAGGGCCGAAUUCGUCAGAUUAUUAGCUACAGGAAGACCAAGUGUCACCAUGAGCGAAUAUAUUGAAAGUCGUCUAACGAAACGCGGAUUAAAAGAUUGGGAAAAUAAAGGCUUGAAAAGCCUGGAGCAAAUAAGAGAAUUUGUUCAUGAUUAUGUUCGACCCUGCUGUGAAAGAUUACUUUUGCAGAUAACGGCGCUUGUUGGUUAUAGUAAAUGGCCUCAAAAAUUUGAACAACUUGGGCUUAAAGAACAAUUUGUUCAUUCCUGCGUCAUUCUGAUUGGGUAUUUAAUUGGACGAUUGGAAGAACUGCUGUCGGUCAUUGAUAAUGAAUAUCAGAAUUUCAUGGAAUUUCAAGAAUGGCUUCAAACUGGCAUUGACAUUAAAAAUGUUUCUGCAUAUUUACGCAAUUCACUGGACAAAGGAGUUCUUGAUGAGUUCUUUGUAGAACCAUCGUACAGUGUAAUACAGUCAGAAAAUGAUUUUCCCUCAGAAGCUUCAAUAUCGCCUACACCAAUUCCUCGCACCACAAAAGUUCCUGAUCCUUUUGAUUAUUCGGGAAGCCCUAGUUUUCCUACAUAUCCAUAUGAUUUUACACGAAUCAAAUCAGAAAACGAGAAAAAUAAUAAUCAUUCAAACAUUAUUCGUUGGUAUAUUGACACACUGUCCGAAAAGUGUUCAACUCUCUACGCUUCAACAGCCAAUAAUGUGGCAAGAUCUGUUGUGGCAAAUAAGUCGAUUGUGAUUAUAGAAUUUGAUAAUGAUGAAGUAACCAAAGAAUGGGAUGCGCAAGGAAAUCCAUUAUCAGCAAAAUUUUUGAUUGACAGUCGAAUUGUUGUAAAGAAAUCAAAUACAUAUCACUAUGUUGCUUUCUUUCUUCCACGCUCAUUCUUUAAGACUGAAAAUCAUACUCUGUGGAUAGUGAGAUUUUCCUUCGAUUCAAUACAUCAUCAGCAUCAAGCUAACCAAGACUCGCGUAUACAAAAUAUAUGUGAAGUGUCAUGUUUACAACUUAAGACUGAGAAUAACUCGGAUGAUGACAAUCUGGCUUUAUUAGAUCUUCAAUUCCUUAAAGACGAAAGAUUGCUAAUGCUAACAAACACAAUUAAUGAAGAUGCUGGCGAAAUAUAUUCGUUAUCGGAGUUAAAUUACAUCGAGCUAAACUAUACCAAGCUAGAAAAUUUACACAAUAUAGUGGAAAUAGUUGAACAGGCUUUGAUUAAGCUCGAUAUAAAUGAAUGUCCUAAAGUCCAAUUUCAGAAAUCACGCAUAAUCACACAAUUCCGGCCCUCAAAAAUCGCGACAAAUCGCGAAAUUUUCGUGCUUAAAUUUUCACAAUCGAACUCGAAAUUAUCUGUCGCUACAAUUAAUGAUUUCAAGGAAGAUCUAUACGCAAUACUAUGUAGCUAUAAAGACAAAUGUAACAUCCACAUGUAUACCAAAAACAGAGCGACAAAAAUUUUAUCGAAUUUUAAUUUUUCAUUCUCCACUGCCGAGGUAAAGCAAUUUAUUAAGAACCUUGAAUAUCGUGAGGAAACGCGAAUUAAUGUAACAUCGACUUACACUGCCACAGUAUUAAAGGACCAGCAACAAAACCAAAAACUUAUUGAUCAAUUACGAGAAACAUCCAAUUCGGAAAAGGGAAAGGAGCAUGAUGAAGAACCCUUUGUUGAAUGGGAAUUUGAUACACCGAAACCAAGUUGGCUGGAUAAAAUAGCACACGAGCGUGAUUCAUUAAUUUACAAUGCUUUUAAUUGUAAUAAUAAAAAGACUAAAUAUGAAUUAUCUUUAAAGAUUAUAGAUCUAUCCGAUCCAGAAAUCGCAACUCCUAUAUCAGAAGAUGAAUUAUCAGAAUUGAAUGCAAAGUUUUCAUCCCUUUUAGAAAAUUGGACCAUCUUAGAACCCGAAGCAGAGAAAUGCUUGCAAUCUCUCGAAAAGAAUUAA